GAUUGAGAGGCUUCAGUAUUUGUGAUUAUUUUGUCACCGAUCUUACAACGGCUCUCAGACGGGAUGUCAAACGUAUCGGUGAGAUGAGCUGGAUCACAACGCUUCUUUUCGAGGGAUUAACAUCACAGACGAGGCGAGCACGCUGAGAUAACACUGUGACUGUGGAAACUUUGAAGUAACAUCAGAGGAGACAAACAAUGAUGCUGAGCUGAUCCACCGAGAUGCUGACAGCGAAGCAAAAAUAGGACAACAUCUAUAUUUGAAUCCUGAUCUGCAGCUCACUCUCCAAUCUCCUCACAACACAACACUGAACACUGCCCUGUUUCCUCUGCCUCCUCGUCUGGCUUCAUUGUUUUGGAAGAAGAGAAGUUCAGCAGCGGCCUCAGGGCUUUCCUGGUCCUGUCGACCUCUGACCCCCCUCACAUCACCCCCUCCCCCUCCUCUCCCUGCCAUGUCCAACGACAGCAGCCUCCUCAGCGUCUGGGAGGCCUCUGACUGGGCGGACACCUCCCAGUGCCCGCCCUCGGUAGGUGGAGCGACUUUCUUGAUCGUGGCGUACAGCGCCGUCAUUGCGAUCGGGUUGCUAGGCAACGCAGGCCUAGUGUUCAUCAUCGCCCGGCAACAGGAGCUGCGCAACGUCACCAACAUCCUGAUCGCCAACCUGUCAUGCUCCGACAUCCUCAUGUGUGUGGUCUGUCUUCCUGUUACCGUCAUAUACACGCUGAUGGACCGCUGGGUGCUGGGGGAGGCGCUGUGUAAGGUGACUCCCUUUGUUCAGUGCAUGUCAGUGACAGUCUCUGUCUUCUCCCUGGUGCUGAUUGCUCUGGAGCGUCACCAGCUGAUCCUCCAUCCCACCGGCUGGUCCCCGGCGGCGGGACACUCCUACCUGGCCGUAGGGCUGACGUGGCUGGUCGCCUGCUUCAUCUCUCUGCCCUUCCUGUCCUUCAACAUCCUCACAAAUGACCCCUUCCAGAACAUCAGCCUGCCCGCUAACCCCUUCAGGGACCAUCUGAUCUGUAUGGAGCUGUGGCCGUCAGAUAAGCAUCGUCUCGCCUACACCACCUCCCUGCUGCUCUUCCAGUACUGCCUGCCUCUGCUGCUGGUGCUCCUCUGCUACCUCAGGAUCUUCCUCCGCCUGAGACGACGCAGGGACAUGCUGGAGCGCAGCAGGAGGACUCAGGGAGCCCAGAGGAUUAACGCCAUGCUGUUAGCUAUCGUCGUAGCCUUCGCUCUGUGCUGGCUGCCGCUGAACGUCUUCAACACGCUGUUUGACUGGCACCACCAGGCCCUACCUGACUGCCAGCACGACGCCGUCUUCUCUGCCUGCCACCUGACGGCGAUGGCCUCCACCUGCAUUAACCCCGUGGUGUACGGCUUCCUCAACAGCAACUUCCAGAGGGAGCUGAAGUCGACGCUGCAGCGCUGUCAGUGUGGUAACCGGACGGUGGAGAGCUACGAGAGCUUCCCCCUCUCCACUGUGGGCAGCGAGGGCAUGACCAAAGCCACCUCCCUCAACAGGAUGGGGUCAGUCUCACCCAGACCUGAGUUCAGUUCAGUGAUACCUGUGAAAACAAUACCAGCGAACAGCUUCUGAUGAGGACCAAACUGUUUUCUGACAAGUGGCUGACAGCUGGAACAGACUGUCUGAGACCGCUGCGUCAAAUACUGCUUCAGCUUUUACUUUCCACAACUUUCCUGCCGGAGUAAAACUUUGCUGUCAGGGUGAAACCACUUAUUUCACUCAGACUGACUGUUCGGGGGCGGGAAACAUCGAGGACGGAGGCCGUCUGAUGAGGCUUCAAGUCCAGAAAGCAAAGCAGAAUUGUGUACAUCGACUCUGCUGAGGGAAACAGAGAGGAAGCAGAGGAGCUGGUAGAACAGCCUGUUAUGCCCCACCCCCCUUGGUUACUGUUGCUAUGGUCGUUGAUCUUUGCAUUGCAGAAUGUUCAGUUUACGACGAUAACGGCGGCAGAUCUCUCAAACAGCAGACAGCAAACACUUUCUCAGUUUUAGCCAUCGACGUUGGCCUGGCUAAAAUUACAACUGUUGCCAGCAGACGUGAAGAGCUCCAGCUAAAGGCAGCUAAUUAACGUUAGCUUCAGUGCGUUAGUGUCAUAUUGUUAGAUGGACUUGUUUUAGGUACGUGACACCAUACAUGAUGGCAUCAUGCUAAAAGACUAAAGUUAACAGGUAGAAAGUGAGCGAGCACUGCUUUUGUAUUACAUGAUGUGUGAUGGCAACAAAAUUACCAUUAAGGCAAAAACGCACCACACUGACGGUUGGUCGGCAGUCAAUGUUGGGCCGUCGGGGAGUGUCCGUGGCCCUUGUCGGCGCUAGCUGGCCUGCUGAUGUUGAAUCAGCGUCAGUGAAUGCAGAGCCUGUCGGUGAAUGACCUCCCUCUGACUGUCAGCUGAGCUCAGGUCACGAGAAGAGAAACAGGAAGUGAGUUGAGUAAAGGAGGAGCUAACGACCAAAACCAACUUGUUCCAUCAGGUCAGAUUAUUUUUCUUUUUAGCAGAAACGUUUCCUGAUGGUUUGUGUUAUUGUUCAUGUGCUAACUGGCUAACUAGCAUCAAGACGCUCUUCCUGUUGAUGAAUACAGACGACCACCGUCUGCUGCUGUGGAGAGUCAUUUCCUCUAAGCAGGAGCAGAACGGAUGAGCUGAUUGGCCGUCGGUUUGGUGUGUACGACGUGAGGCGACUCAGCAGGGGGUCUUCAUCACCGCUAGUUCUCUGAAGUCACUUUGGUGUGUGUGGGUUGGUAGUGUUCAUCGUCUCCUCCCACAAAGAAACUGGGUUGUUGUUUAAUCGCUAACAAUGAUCAGUUCUAGUCAGCACUCUGGUGUAACUUUCCAGUUUCAUCACCAUGCGAUAUUAUAUCAAUAUUGGAUCUUUAAUCAUUGAAUCAAUAUAUUGUUCCAGAUCGAUGGAUCAUUACACCCCUCGUUGUUAAUGUGCUAAUUGGAUAACUAGCGUCAACACGCUCUUCCUGUUUCCCUUUUUAAUGACAAACACAGACGACCGCCGUACGAGCUGGUUGGCCGUCGUUCAUGUGCAACUUUUUGACUGAGACACGUCAACAUGAGGCGACUCAGCAGGAGUCUUCAUCACCGCUAGUUCUCUGAAGUCAGUUUGGUGUCUCUGGGCCUUAAUACAGACGAGGUUAAUGUUAUUUUGUGAAAUUAAUGUUUGGAUCCAUCUGCUAUAGAACAAAAACACAACACAUGUAACAGGCAUAAUUUGACACACCAACCCUGAACGUCCAAAACUGACAGAGUGGACCGAGAGCGCCAUAUUUGGACAUGUCGGUCCGCCUCCAAAGCGGUGGUAUUUGAUGACUUUGGAGUGAGAAUGUGUUCAUGUCAUUUGGGGCCCUUUAAGACACAACACGACGGCGGGAACACUGCGCUCUGAAAAGCCAUUAUUUCCAAUGGCCAUGAUGACUUUUCGCUGUGUUGAGCAAAGCGCAGCCACUUGGCGAGCUGGAUCACAGCAGCGAGUGCAGCUAAAAAUCGCGUUUUAUCCGAGAGGGCGUUUCCUUGAGCUGUGCCUGGUCACAGACCUGUUGCUCAGGACAGUCAGUGAAAUAUGGAAAAAUGUGAAAAGAGUGACACAAACAUGACGAAAAGAAAAAAGGAAACUGCUCUCUGACGUACAUGUUUUCUAUGUGACUUUCCAAAGUGUAAAUGCUGUCAUUAUGAUACUGUUGAUUAGCAUCUUAUGAGCAUUUUAAAAGUGUGGUGGAGAUUAAUAAACACAGUGGAAGUCAAUGAGGUUGCUCAACAUUAAUAUGCUAAUUUACUGCAAAAGUUUUCAUGAAAAUAAACUGAACAAAUACUGAA